AUGAGCUACAAUCAAGGAUACAACCAGGGGGGCUACAAUCAGGGACCCCCUCAGGGCUACAACCAAGGAGGAUACAACCAAGGCCCUCCUCCCCAAAGUUAUAACCAGCCUCCCCAGGGCUACAAUCAGGGCCCUCCUCAGCAUGGAGGAUACAAUCAGGGCGGUUACAACCAGGGAGGGUAUAACCAAGGGCCUCCUCAGCACGGAGGGUACAACCAGGGACCUCCUCAGCAUGGAGGAUACAACCAGGGACCUCCCCAGCAUGGAGGAUACAACCAGGGACCUCCUCAGCAUCAGCAGGGUGGAUACCAGCAGGGAGGCUACGGUGGAGCCCCCCCUCCUCAACAUGGAGGCUAUGGUGGUGCUCCUCCUCCCCAGCAGUUCAACCAGGGACCCCCUCCCCAGCAUAACCCUCCCUAUGAUCCCUCUAAUGACGCCUCUGUGCUCUACCAUGCCAUGAAGGGCUGGGGUACCGAUGAGAAGAAGCUGAUCCAGGUUAUGGGUUCUCUCAAGGCCUACCAGGUGGCUCCUCUCAACAACUUUUAUCGACAAAAGUACGGCAAGACGCUACAGAAGCACUUGACAUCGGAAACCAGUGGCGACUUCCAGUUUGCCCUCGAGGCUCUCUGCUACACUCCCCCAGAGUUUGACGCCUUUUGUGUGCACCACGCUGUCCGGGGACUGGGGACCAAGGAGAACUGGCUCGACGAGAUUCUGUUGUGCCGAUCCAACUACGAAAUGCAGCAGAUCAAAAACGCAUACCAGUUCCUCUUCAAGAAGGACAUGGUCCAGGACGUGCUCAGCGACCUCUCGUUCAAGACCAAGCAGAUGUUUGAGAUUGUGCUCAACCGACAGGACAUCAACCGACCCGUGGACCCCAAUCGAGUUCAGCAGGACGUCUACGAGCUGCACAAGGCCUUCAAGGGAUUGGGUACUGAUGAGGUCCAGGUCAUGGGAAUUCUCUGCAACCGAAGCCAGGCAGAGGUGGCAGCCAUCAACGCCCAGUUCCACGCCACCUACGCUAAGCGACUGGUACAUGCCCUGGAGUCCGAGUUCUCGGGCCACAUGGAGAACGCUCUGACCUUCAUUGUCAAGUACUCUACAGACAAGUACCAGUGUCAGGCUGAGUACUUGGAGAAGGCCAUGGCGGGCCCUGGGACCGAUGAGCGUGCUCUUACUAACCGAAUCGUGCGUCUCCACUGGGACCAGCAGGGCAAGCCCCAGGUGAUGCGUGCCUACCAGAACGUGUACAAACGAGAUCUGGUUUCUCGAGUCAAGGGCGAGACCUCUGGUGAUUACGAGCGACUGCUGGUUGCUCUUCUGCAGAAUUAA